CUUAUUUUUGUUUACAUUUUUUCAUCGUGUAUUAUGUGGUGAUAAUGUGUGACAAGUCAAAAUAUAAGUAUUUAAUUAUAUUUAUUUAAUUAUAUUCAUUAUUAAAUAAUAAUAAAGUAAAUUAGAGCCGAAAAACCUUUUUUGUUAAAAAUAUAGGGUUACAAGUAAAAUGUCAACACAUUCUUCUAACAAAAAGAGUAAUGAGAUAUACUAUGAGCAUCAUGAUCAUUCAAUAAUUGACUUAGUUAAUGAUGAUUGCCUGGCUGAAAUAUUCAUGUAUGUGCCAGUAUGGGAAAGACCUCAAAUUGCAUUGGUAUGUCAAAAAUGGAAUCGAGUCCUUGAUUAUUCUUGGGGUAAUGUCAAAAAACUUCAAUUCACUCACUGGGAAUACAAUAAUAAGUGUCCAAGUUGUUUGAAAAAAUCUCCAACAAGAGUUAGAAAAUUAAGCUCUUUAAAAUCAUUGCUUAAUAAAUGUGGUUGUUAUUUAAGACAAUUAGACUUGACAGCUUAUGUUCAUAAUGACAUAAUGCCAGUUAUUAAUGAAUAUUGUCCAAACCUCGUGAAACUUCGAUUGAGAUUCAGCCCUGAUAAUGUCGAAGUUAUAACGGCUGAUGCAUUUUCACCUUUAUCUAAGCUUAAAGUAUUAGCAGUUAUAUUUCAAUAUCAUAUGCCACAGUACAAAAGGAUUCAUCAUUUAAUCACUGCACUGUUACCACUUGCUAAUACAUUGACUGACCUGACUCUGUUCAAUUGGCAAGAUGAGGUACCCCGUAAAUAUCGUACAAAUUAUCAAUUUUGUACAUUUCCGGGGGUCACCCUCAGGGUGCUUAAACGAAUGAAGGCUCUAAAAAGGUUUGAAUUUGGUGGUAUAAAAAUGUACCCAGAGUUAGAAGAGUAUCUGAAAAAAAAUCGCACACUAGAAUGUUCUUACUAUGAUCGUUCCUUAGACAAAAAUGUCAUUAAGCCAAAUGAGUUUGGAUCAGUUAUGAGUAUAACUAGAUUGAAUUUGUUGAAAUACAGAGUUUCAGAUGAUAGUUUGUAUACUAUUGCCAAUACCAUGAAGCAAUUAACAAAGCUCUCGAUAAAAUGUGAAUGGAUAACUAACGAUGGUGUAGUAGCCAUUUCAAAGAUAAAUAAUUUAACACAUCUUUGUUUUUUCGGCGUUAAUGACAGCAUUGAUUCUUCAUCAAUUAAAUUGCUCAAAAACUUGAUUAAAUUAAUGUUACCACGCAGCAAUAAAAUUACUGAUGAUUUAGCCAUGAAAGUUCUUGAAAAUUCACCAAACAUAAAGAUGCUUAUAGUUCCGAAUACAAGUAUAAAAUCAAAGUAUGAAUUUAUCAAAAAAGCAGCAGCAGAAAUAUCCAAAAAUCGAAAACAACCCUUGCUUUCAAUUGUUUCUUCCAUAAUUGAUCAGAACAAAUAUGAAUCACCAUAUAUCAAAAUUAUGUGUUCAACAAAAAAAAAAAUUAAAUAUUUGACAAAUUUUUGUGAUAACCGACUAUUAAAUACUAUCGCCAAUAAAAAUAUAGAUUGA